AUGUCAACACAGAAACUGGAAGACCUGUCCAGUCCCAAUCGCACUGACAGGCAAGAUGAAUAUACAAACUCAGGUUUUACCAGACAACUUCCUGCUCUUGGAGAAAAUGACCCAGUAAAAUUACAAAACUCAGAAAAGAGAGCCCUCCGCGAAAGAGGGAGGGGGCGCACCCCUGACCCACUUUUCCGGACGCCCACCCUUCGGCCCCCGCCCCACCCAGUGCAAGUCCGAGCCCUGAGGGGGCAAUCGAGCGGGGCGUGGGAGGCCCGCACGCUCCCCACCCCCAGCCGCGACCCGGAGGGAAGCGUGCAGGGAGGCUUGACUCCCCCUUGCGGAGUGCCCGGGGCUCGAGAGACCUCCCGCCAGCUCGCGGCCCGGGUCUGUACGGCCCCCUCUACAGCCUGGGCCAAGGGCACCGCGGCCCCCAGCGGAGGGGAAAGGGACAGAGGAGGGGAAGAAGCUGUAAACAGCCCCAGCGUCCGGGCCUCGCCUCGAAGAGCCCUGCGUCUCAGGCCCCGCCGCGGGCCGCCGGGGCCCCUAGCCGGCCCCGGGGCCGCCCCUCCCGGGGCCCAGGAGAACGGAGGGGAGUCCGGUUCCCUUCUCGGAGGGCUAGGGCAUCUCGCAGAGCGGUCCCAGCUGCAGAGAAGGGGGAAGUCAGGACUUACCUGUCAUUACUUUCUACGCCAUCUUGGAUCCACUUGUCAACGUCCCCACAAAGCAUUAUGGAUCUUUGGUGCACGGCUGCAGACUCCUACGACCCACUUCUUGCUCCGGGACACCGGGGGUCGCUUCAGGGCCCGGCAACCCUGCAGACCAGCCGGCGCUCUGACUCCUGCAUUCGUGGGAAGAAAGGUUCUGGAGCCGUCGGGCUCCAGGAUCUGGCGACACGGUGUCCCGGAAUCAACCAGCGUCUGAGAGCGUUUGGGAGGGGGGGAUAAUAAGCAAAAUGCAACUUUUACCCUCCCUCCCGCUGU